AUGAGGAAACCACCCUUGCUAUCAGCACACAGACUCUACGGCACAGGAUCGCGAAUAUCGCAACAGCAACAUCAACAGCAAAAGCGAUGUCUUCAAUCAACAACAACCAAGUCGCAAACCAGCGACAGGAAAGCACCUGGACGCAUAAUAUUCGACGACCUCAAACCAACUGACCUAGCAGCAUAUUGGGACACCGAACCACCCCUACAAUCAGACCUUCAAGCAGCCCAGCGCUUCUUCGCCCCUUCGCGCCAUUCACCCGUGAAGCUAUUCUCAGCGGCGCAGUUUCGUACCAUCCCCGGAGAUUCCAAGGAGCCCGAAGUAGCCUUUUUGGGACGCUCGAAUGUCGGAAAAAGCUCCCUCAUUAAUGCCAUAUUGGGCGAGGAUAUAUGCUAUGCUUCUGGAACACCGGGUAGAACGAAGAUAAUGAAUGCCUUUGGAAUUGGGGGUACAAAAGGGGGGGAAUCGAAGAUUGUCUUGCUCGACAUGCCCGGAUACGGCAAGGCAAGUCAAAGUGCACAAGGUGUGGAGAUUAUGAAAUAUUUGCAAAAACGUAAACAACUCCGACGAACGUACGUCCUCAUCGACCUGCUGCAUGGUUUCAAAGACACCGAUAAUCAAAUCUUAUCCUUACUCCGCAAAUAUGGAAUCUCGCAUCAAAUCAUCAUCUCCAAAGUUGACCGUAUUCUCUCCAGCAAAUCGAAGAAACUGACAGACUUCCAUGUCCAACGAGCCGUCAGCGGAGUGAGACUUGAAAGACUCCAAAAAUUACUCGAAGAUGUCAGGUCGACUGUUCAACCUGAUCCAAGUAUGGGGGAAGGCCCCGGCGCGCUGGGCGAGAUUCUCAGCUGCUGCGCAACAAGAAAAGUAAAUGCGGCUGUUGACAAGAGCUAUCUUGGUAUUAAUGCUGUUCGGUGGUCUAUUAUGAAAGCCACUGGGUUUGAUGGGACUAUCCAGCCAGUUGGACUUAAAGCACCAGAAUCUUUGCCCUCAGACUCAGAGCCAGAGCCAGAGUCAAAACAUAGGACCGGUCGACUGCGCCUCAAGGGCUUGCGUGCUCGCCGCGAAUCGAAGAUAUAG